UGAUUUGGGAUUAUGUAAACCUGUAAAUUAUUUUCAAUCAUUUAAAAAUAAUGAUAUUUAUGGUGUUUUACCAUUUGUAACACCUGAAGUUUUAAGAGGCCAACCUUAUACUUUAGCUACUCAUGAUUUUCAACUUAGUUUAGAUAUUUGUAAAGGUAAAUGUCCUAAAAUCAUUGAAAAUACUUCACAAUGUUAUAUAGAUUUGAUGAAAAAAUGUUGGAAUAUAAAUCCAUUAAAAAGACCAACUGCAACAGAAAUUAAAAAGAUUAUUGAAAAUUGGAAAAAAAAUAUUACUAUUAAUAAUUUUAAUAAAGAAUUAAAGAAG